CCAGUGUUGGUUCAGAGGGUUCAUAAUUGACUUUAUUGACUACACACUGAAGUGUAGACUGUGAACCCUGGAAUACUGCAGAAACUACAUGCAGUCUGAACAUGAACUCCACUUGAAGUAAUUUAGUUGACUAACAAAUGCAAAUACCAAGCACUGCUAUUGUUGUUUUUCUUCAUCUCCAGGAGCUGGUGAGAACUUGGAGAACACAAUGGCAGCCUUCAGGCACGCUGUUCAACUGGGCACUGACAUGUUGGAGCUGGACUGUCAUUGGACCAAGGAUGAGCAGGUGGUGGUGUUGCACGAUUCCAACCUGAAGCGGUCGACUGGAAUUAAUGCAUACAUUUCAGAUGUGGCUUAUGCUGAUCUUCCACCUUACCUUUGUAAGCUUGGGGUGUCUUUCAAACGAGAGUGCUACUGUGAAGGAGGAGAUGACAAACGCAUCCCUCUGCUGAGAGACGUUUUUGAAGCUUUUCCAAACACCCCUAUAAACAUCGACAUCAAGGUCAACAAUGACACUCUCAUCAAGAAGGUGUCCGAGCUGGUUGUGCGAUACAACAGGGAGCAUCUGACCGUCUGGGGAAACUCCAGCAACGAAGUUGUUAAGAAAUGUUACAAAGAGAAUCCACAAAUCCCAAUCUUGUUCAGUUUGCCCAGAGUGCUGCUGUUACUCGGUCUUUUCUACACAGGCCUCCUGCCCUUCGUCCCGCUUAAGGAACAAUUCCUGGAGAUUCCCAUGCCUUCAAUCAUUUCCAAACUCAAGGAUCCUGAGCGUCAGACACGGAGUCAGCGUUUCGUAACAUGGCUGGCAGACACGCUCCUCAUGAGAAAAGCAUUAUUCGAUCAUCUGACGAGCAGAGGAAUACAGGUGUAUGUCUGGGUGUUGAACGACGAGGAGGACUUUAAACGUGCUUUUGACCUUGGGGCUACAGGGAUUAUGACAGACUAUCCCACCAAGCUAAAAGAGUUCAUGGAGAAAAACAACUACACUCUUAAAUAACACUUGUCAGCCAAAGUAAACAAUCAAUUAGCUUUUCCACUGAUCUUUGGCUUCUAAAUGGGCCUUUUAAUUACCCAACAUUCUUGCUGUUGUGGCAGCUAUCAGUUCUGCAUACAUCUGCGAUCAGCGUCGGAGCCAUUUUAAACCAAAUAGGUUGUCAUGAAAUACUUCUGUUGCUUUAAGUUCAUAGCAAUACAUGUUAUCCAUAAAAAGAGGCUGAGGUUAUGGUGAGUUAUCAAUCAUGUUGGGAUGGUGUCAUGAUCAUCAUGACAUUUCUGUGAAGUUUUCUCUACAGGCACUUUCAUUGUAUUGUUAUUACAAUGUGAGGAUGUAAAUCCCACAGGUACUUGCUGUGCAUCAGUUUCUGCAAUAACACUGAACUCACUAAAGAGUCAAUUGUCUAAAUUUCGAGACCGAAGCUACUGAGGUUUUUCCAGGGCACUAAAAAUAAAUACUAAUUUCAGGGGUGUACUAUGGGAUUGUUGAGAGACCAAUAAUCAGAAGGCAUUAUAUAUUUUUAUGUUUACUCUCUGGUUUGAUUUGACGUGUAUAUUUUGUUUUUGUGAAUUUGUUUCUUUUAACAAUAUUGUCAAUUUUGAGAUAAGUUGUGGCUGAAAAGAUGCCUCACUAUUGCUUGAAAUGUUAAGUGUAGUUUAAUAUAUAUGACCACCAGUCAGAAGUUUUGACACACCAACUCAAUCUUCAUUGUUACUAUGUCAACAUUACAAUGUAUAAUAUUAAAGAAAGUAUGGUAAUUAUGUACCAUUUAAAACAUUUUAUACAUGUGAAAACUCAUUUGAGUUGCUUCAAAACUUGUUUCUGCUUUAAUUUAAUAUAUACUCCAACUCAUAAUGAUAAUAAUA